AUGAAUGACAUAAACAGCUCUUUCGGUAAAGGAAGCGUUACGAGACUCGGAAGUGCUGGUGGAGCUUUAGUUGAAACUUUUCCGAGUGGCUGCUUGACGUUGGACUUUGCUUUAGGUGGUGGCUUACCCAGAGGAAGAAUAGUAGAGAUAUAUGGACCAGAAAGUAGUGGGAAGACCACUUUAGCUCUUCACGCAAUUGCAGAAGUGCAGAGAUUGGGGGGUAAUGCGAUGCUUGUUGAUGCUGAACAUGCUUUUGAUCCGGCUUAUUCGAAAGCUCUGGGGGUUGAUGUUGAAAAUUUGAUCGUGUGCCAACCUGAUAACGGAGAGAUGGCUUUGGAGAUUGCUGAUCGAAUUUGUAGAUCUGGUGCUGUCGAUCUCAUCUGCAUCGAUUCUGUCUCAGCCCUUACUCCACGAGCGGAGAUUGAAGGAGAAAUUGGAAUGCAACAAAUGGGUCUGCAAGCACGCCUUAUGAGCCAAGCGUUGCGUAAGAUGUCAGGCAAUGCUUCUAAAGCUGGAUGCACUCUUAUAUUUUUGAAUCAAAUUAGAUACAAGAUAGGAGUAUAUUAUGGAAAUCCUGAAGUCACCAGUGGUGGAAUUGCGCUCAAGUUUUUCGCAUCUGUCCGGCUUGAGAUACGUCCUACUGGCAAGAUAAAAUCCGUUAAAGGAGACGAAGACGUUGGUCUUAAAGUUCGUGUAAGAGUUCAAAAGAGUAAGGUUUCAAGGCCGUAUAAGCAAGCCGAGUUUGAAAUUAUAUUUGGAGAGGGGGUCAGCAAACUGGGUUGUAUGCUGGAUUGCGCUGAAAUGACUGACGUUGUCUUAAAGAAGGGGUCGUGGUAUAGCUAUGGGGACUACAGACUGGGGCAAGGAAGAGAGAGAGCACUGCAACACCUAAGAGAAAAUCCCCAACUGUGUGAAGAAAUUGAGACGAAAGUUCGAGCUGUGGUGUCAGAUAACAUCGGGCAAGUAGGUUCGUCUGCAAAGUCGUCUUCCCUUUCGCAACCUGAUGAAGAAGAUCUGUACCAAGAGAUGCAAUGA